AUGAAAACACUUUCCGCUCGCUCGAUUGCUUCCUCAAUUAAUUCAUCACUAUCAAGGGAAGGAACAAAAUCCAAUGUGGAUACAUCUGUUUCAUCGUUUGGAGUUAUUUCGGCAAAAAGGUUUUUGAGCAAUCCUAUGGAUACUGAUGAUAAUGAUACUGAUUCCGAUGUUAGUAGCACGAACAAUUUUUUGAACGAACACACCGAUGAUUUCUCGGAUCAAUUGGAACUCUAUCGUAGAAGCUAUGAUGACGGUGAUGAUAAUGAUGAGGAGGACAAUUUCAUUUCAUUGGAUAAACAUCAAACAAUUGGUAGGAAUGAUUUAAAUGAUCUCGCUCAAGAAAACAAUAACGAGAAAUUUCGGCAGAAGAUAAAUGGCGAUUCAACCAUUUCUAAAAUCAAAAUACUAUCAAAAACAUCAAUAGAUACCAGUUCCGAGAAUAUGGAAGAACAAAAAGAAAAAGUUGAACGCUUGGUAAGGUCAGCCAUUCUACGAAGUGGAGAUCGAAAAACACGUGGCACCAACAUGUCCAAGCACAACGUUUCGCCUUACAAGAGCUCUCAUUCAACUCGCGAUCAAGAGGCUCAUUUUGAAACGUGGCAACCUAUGAAUACACUCGACAGCUCACUCUCGGAUGAAGAGAAAGAUGAUUUGAAAAUUCUAAUUCCCAAGUUAAAUUUACGUGAGAGCUUGGAAUCUCAACCCAUCGCUGCAACAAAUACACACUCCUCUUCCGCGUCCUCCUCCUCAUCGUCCAAAUCCUCCAUUCAGCAAGACCAAUUACUAUCCUCAAUGCUACAGAAAAAUAAGGAGCUGAAAUCCGCUCUUGACAAAAUUACGGAAGAGAAAAACAAUCUAGAAGAGCAAUUUGUUUCUCAAGUCACAGAGAUGGAACGAUAUUUAACAAGAACAGAAGGCUCAUCUCCAAUCAAGAAAUCAGUAGCCAACAACCGAUCCAAACAAUCUCGUCAUUUAUCUAAAGAAGAGCUUUCAUCCAUAGAUACUACUUUAAACAUGAGAAUACCCAACGCAGAUCACUCUCCCAUUGUCAAGCUUUCUCAGUCCAUUUUAAACACUUCUUCCAUACGUCCUGUACAAGUCUCAUCCAGGAAAGAACGAGAUCUUUCGCAUCAUCACUCAAAAUCUGGCCAUGAACAAACCAUUCAUGAGUUAAGGGAUAAAAUUAAGGAGAUCAAAGAACGAUACGAAAACGAAAAGCUUACAAAUCAUGUGAAGGUGCACCUGACGCAAGACAUUUCCGAUUUACUUGAAACCCUCCUUCAGAAUGAGCUGGAAAAGCAUGAACCUCUCACAGAACGAACACGAAAGUUGACCAGCUCUCUACAAGAUUAUUUAAAUUCAACUUCUGCCGUUUCAAAUAACUCCUCUCCAUCUAAGAAUAAUUUGAAAGCGUUAAGUGAGAUCAAAGAACUGCGAGUUCAAAUAGAAAUUCAAAAUUCCAUGAUUGAGUCCCUGAAAGAUGACAAUGAGCAGUUGAAAGAACAGUUAAAGCAAGAACGAGUAAGAACAAAAUCCACACAGAAAAAUCUGUCACAAUCUGAAAAACAUAUUGAACGGCUGGAACAGCAGAUGAAAAGAAGAGAAUCGGCACAUCAAGUAGCUGUAGAAGAGCUCAAGAAAGCUCAUGAUACUCUUUUAAUGGAGAAGGAAGAAUUGUUGCAACAAGUUCGAUUUUUACGGGAGUCCAUUCAAGAAAAUACCUCAUCUUUGAACCAAUCUAUUUCCUCAAUUCGUGGUACUGGGUUUCCAUUGUCAACCUCAUCUUCGCAUUGUGUCAAGUUAUUGUCAGACAAUCAAAGUGAAGUGUCUUGUACAAGAGAUUUAGAAGAACCAGUGAAAGAUCAUACCUUUCCACCUUCCACACAUUACUAG